AUGCAUCUACCCAACGGCAGAGAGCACACGGUGCGCUUCGGCGCGCUUCCCGAUGAACAUGUUGCAAAGAAGGUGCAGAGCAGCAGUGCUCUCGACAGCCAACACCACGACGGAGCUGAGAAAACAAAUGGAAGUGUUUCCAAACCAAACGAGGCCCGGAUACUGCUACCCAAUGGCUCGGACCGGGACUCGGUGCUGGACACCGUUCUAGCGGCUUGGGCAAUCCUCAUUCACCGCUACCAACGGGAUGUCUUUCACCAAUUCACAUGGGGGAUCAAAGACCAGGGCAACGAUAGCACACAGUGCAUAUCUAUCACUGAGAUUGAUUGGGCAAGUCAACAGACAGCUGCUAGUCUGCAAGCCAAGAUCAGCAGUGUCAAGUCAUCCCAGUUCAAGCUGGGUGAGGACACUACCAUUUUCCUCAAUGAUGGCAUUAAUGAAGAGUGGACAUUCCAAGUCACGCUCAAUCUGCAGCAGGAUACACUACACGCCACCUCAACAUGGCAAACUACAGCCAUGGCUCGGCACCAAGCAGUGUCACAGCUGCACUUUUUCGCUUCAAUCCUAGAUACCCUUUUCCAAGAUAUUGACCAUUCACUUUCCACAUUCCGCACCGUCUCAGAAGACGAGCUGGACGAGCUGUGGAGCUGGAACACACCGCUGCAGCCCGAGCUUCGAUUCUGCAUGCACGAAAAAGUGUCGGAGCAAGCUGCGCUGAAUCCAAACAAAAUCGCCAUCGAUGCCUGGGACGGCACCUUGACGUAUCAGCAAGUGGAAGAUUAUUCUACCAAGUUAGCGCAGCUGUUGCGACUGCUGGACGACUCGCCAGACCGCAUUAUUCCAGUGCUAUUCGAAAAGUCCAGAUGGACAUCGGUAGCAGUGCUCGCAAUCAUGAAAGCCGGUGCUUGCUUUGCACUGCUCGACCCAGCACAGCCUGAAGGCCGCUUACGAGCCGUGGUGCAGCAAGUCAAUGCAAAGCUCUUCAUCUCCUCCACAGCCCAAUCCACGCUCGCAACACGCGUGGCGCCCGCCGCAACCAUCAUCCCUAUUUCCGAAUCAAAGUUUGCAAAGAUCUAUGAGCCGUACGCGGCUGAGCAACCUAAUACUACGCUUCCUUCCGUCUCCCCGGACCAGCCGCUGUAUAUCCAGUUUACCAGUGGCAGCACGGGUAUUCCUAAGGGAUGUAUCCUUACGCACAGCCAGUAUACGUCUGGAGCGAUACCACGCGCAGCGGCUGUGGGCUACCAUCCACAUUCUCGGGUGCUCGACUUUGCAAGCUACGCUUUUGAUGUGUGCAUCGACUCGAUGCUGUGCACGCUUGCCCAUGGCGCUACGCUUUGCACGCCUUCUGACGAGAGGCGUAUGAACGACAUGAGUGGCGCCAUGCGCGACAUACGCGUUACCUUUGCCGGCAUGACACCUUCAGUCGCUCGGACUCUGGAUGUGGAUAUCCUGGACCACCUCGAGUCGAUUGCUCUUGGUGGCGAGGGCGUCUCAACAAGUGACGCCAUGUCCUGGGGUCAGAGGACAAGAGUCGUAAACGCAUACGGUCCCUCCGAGGCUACAGUUGGUGCUACCAUUAACGACAACGUAGCCGCAAAACCCUACAUCACCAUGGGAAAGCGGAAGGGCUGUGCGAUAUGGCUUACAGAUCCUGAAAACCACAAUAAGCUGGUUCCUGUUGGUGCCGUGGGCGAGCUCCUCAUCGAAGGCCCCAUCGUUGGUAACGGGUACCUGAACAACCCGGCCAAGACGAAAGAAGUCUUCAUCGAAGACCCCGAGUUCUUGCUCAAAGGAAGCAAGCGUUAUCCCGGUCGGCAUGGACGCAUCUACAAGACUGGUGACUUGGUCCGUUUCGACCCCGAUGGCGAUGGCGAGCCCAUUUUCGUUGGGCGGCAGGACCAGCAGAUCAAACUGCGUGGACAGCGUAUCGAGCUGGCUGAGAUUGAGUUCAACAUGCAGAAGCAUCUGCCUGCGGACACUCAGCUAGCGGCUGAAGUCAUCAAGCCGAGCGGUGGCGGCGAGCAGACAUUAGUCGCCUUCAUUGUCGAGCAGAAGAAGAAUGGCAUGCGACACCUUGACGGUAACAUCUUCGGUAGCUUCACAAACAAGUUCCAGAGCGCCCUCAAGGACAUGACCAAGCAGCUCUUCGUUGAUCUACCGAGCUACAUGAUUCCCAGCGCCUACAUACCGCUCUGGAAGAUGCCUCUGCUUGUCUCGUGCAAGACGGAUCGGAAGCGUCUGCGCGAGAUUGGUGCCUCGGUCACGCGUCAAGAUCUACGGCGCUUCAACUCUGCUGUCUCGGAGAAGAAGGAAAUUUCCACCGAAAUGGAGCUCAAGCUGCAGUCGCUCUGGGCAAAGCUGCUCGGUGGAGAAGCGGACUUUAGUGCCAACGACAACUUCUUCAGCAUGGGCGGCGACUCUCUGAAAGCUAUGAGACUGGUGGCUGCUGCGAGAGAAGAGGGUUUGGUGCUGAGUGUCCCAGACAUUAUGCUCAACCCAACGCUAUCUGCCAUGGCGGAAAAGGCCAAGCCAGUUUCAGCAGAUGACACGAACGAAGUCGCUGCCUUCUCGAUGAUCGGAGAAGACUGGAGUGCUGAGGCCGCGAGGGAAGAGAGCGCCAGACUUUGCGGUGUCGACGCUGCAAACGUAGAGGAUAUGUAUCCUUGCACGCCACUCCAGGAAGGUCUCAUUGCUCUCUCGGCCAAGUUCCAAGAUGCAUACGUCGCGCAGCGUGUUGCGACGCUGCCAUCUGAAAUUGCCCUGCGCCUGAAGCAGGCCUUCGACACGGCUGUGCAGGGCUCGCCGGUGCUGCGAACGAGGAUCGUCAACGUCUCUGGUCGGGGCUUGUUCCAGGUUGUGCUCAAGGACGGACAACUGGUACGUGAGCAUGGCGCUGACACGGCCGAGUACCUCAGACAGGAUCGCAAAGAGCCCAUGGAUCUCGGCACGGCUCUGUUCCGUUACGGUCUGGUCAAGGAAACGGGAAGCGGCAAGGCAAGCUUCAUCAUCACGAUGCAUCACGCAAUCUAUGAUGGAUGGUCGAUGCCUCUGGUGUUUGACCACGUCAAUCGCGCAUUCAAUGGUCUUCAUACGGAGCGGCCUGCGUCCUUUAAGCAUUUCAUCAAGCACCUGAUCAGCCUUGACCCGGCCGAUGCCCAGCAGUACUGGAAAGGCCGCUUGGACGGCGUGAGUCCUCACCAGUUCCCUCCACUGCCGCACAAAGGCUACACUACCCAAGCCGACUCGCUGCUCGAGCACUACGUCACUGUGCCCACAUCAGCACACUCCAAGCUCACCCUCGCGACCAUCAUCCGCGGCGCAUGGGCUCUCGUAUCGUCACUAUAUAUGGGUCAUGUGGAUAUUGUCUUCGGUGAGACACUCACGGGUCGCUCAGCGCCCGUCCAUGGCAUUGAGCAAAUUGAGGGCCCAAUGAUCACCACGGUGCCCAUCCGCGUCCGCCUUGGUCUCGAUCGUCCCAUUGCCGAGUACCUGCAAUCCGUGCAUGCUCAGACGGUUCAGCAGAUUCCCCACGAGCACCUGGGUCUCCAGAAUAUCCGCCGCCUGAGCAAGGCCGCACGGGUCGCGUGUGAUCUUCGCACGGGUCUUGUGUUGCAUCCUAAGGAAGACGAGGACUGGGGCCAGGUCGACAUGGAGAAUACGCCUGCAAACACGUUUCUUCCGGCCGACGAUGCAGAGGCAGCUCGCGAGGCACUCAAGUUCAAUACCUACGCGCUCAUGCUUGUCUGCACGCUGGAUGAGAACGGCUUCUUGAUCAUGGCUAGCUUUGACUCAAAGUGCAUUGGCAAGGAAGUAAUGGAGAGGGUGCUCGCCGUGCUCGACCGCAUCGUGCACGCGUUCCUGGGUAACCCAGAGAGCAAGCUAGGUGAUGUAGCUGUCCUGGACCCAGAGGAGACGCAGGAUGCAGAGGCCAUGAGGCCAAGGGAUAUCAUGAGUGAUAGCGGUGUGGGCAUGUCGCCAGUCGAUGGCUUCGAGCAUGCAGAAGCUAGCACCAAGGCGCUAUCGCCCAACGAGCAGAAACUGCAAAGCAUCCUCAGUCGCAUCCUGGGUAUGAAGGAAACCGAUAUCAAGCCGAGUGAUAGCUUCUUCGAGCUGGGUGGAGAUUCCAUUGGUGCCAUGCGUCUCGUGUCUGACGCCCGCGCCCAAGGCCUCAAUUUCACCGUUGCUCAAGUCUUCCAAAGCCGUUCCCUGUCCGACCUGGCUGCUUUGGCGAGCAACGAAAAAGAAGAGAAGCUGACUGAAAUCCUCGGGCGAAUACUCGGUAUGGCAAAGAACGACAUCAAGAGCAGCGACAGCUUCUUUGAACUCGGAGGUGACUCGAUUGGCGCCAUGAGACUGGUCUCGGAUGCUCGUGCCCAGGGUCUCAACAUUACGGUCGCCCAGGUAUUCCAGAGUCAGUCGCUCGCUGAACUUGCUUCUGCUGCUGGGCAGGCGACUCCCUCACAGCCCCAGACCGACAUUGAUGCGCCAUUCGCCGCGUUUGGCAAGGACGCUCCGCUAUACAGCCCCGAUCGCAUUGGCCCGUACCUUGAAAACCAAGAGUGGCAGAUUGUGAACAUUUACCCUACAAGGCCACUGCAGCAGCUCGCAGUCGAGGGUACUGUCGACCUUCCACGGUACUCGCUCCGUUAUGAACUGAUCAAGUUUGCGACUCCGAUCGACCGUCUGAAGCUUGAGCAAGCAUGCCAGGAGCUUGUGGCCCGUAAUGAGGUGUUGCGUACCGUUUUCGUCAAAGACGACGAGAUGAUUCUGGGCGUAGUACUCUCGUCGCUGCGGGUGCCUUACGCCGAGAUUGCUGUGCCGGAGGGUGAGGACGUCAACGCGUUUGCUCAAGCAAAUGUCCGGGAGGAUAUCGAAGCCCCCAAGCCGUACGGAUCCUCUUUCGUGUCAUUUACUCUCUUCACCAGUCCCAGCGGUGCUUCAACCCUCGCAUUCCGCAUCUCGCACGCCCAGUACGAUGAGAUGUGCCUGCCCAUACUAUUUGAGCAGCUCGCAGCCCUCCACGCGGGUAAUCCAGUCCCCGAAACGAUUCCCUUUAGCAAACACGUCAACCAUGUCGUCCUCGACAAUAUGCCCAAGGCAAUCCCCUACUGGCAGAAGCUCCUCUCCGGCUCCAGUAUGACGGUCCUGAAACCCGACAUUCCACUUACGCACCGCGGCCCAGCAGACAGGUACCGGGAAUUCGACAUUUCGUCGCGCCCAUCCAACAUCACCAUCGGGUCUCUGCCGACGGCGGCGUGGGCGCUUGUCCUAGCACGACGCCUCGGCCUCUCCGACGUUGUCUUUGGCGAAGUCGUGUCCGGUCGCAACAUUGGCGCGCCGCAGGCCGACCGCAUCUUCGGCCCAACGUGGCAGUAUGUCCCCUUUCGUGUACCCUUUUCCCGCUCAUGGACCUACCGCGAGCUGCUCGACUAUGUGCAGGACCAGCACAUAUCGUCAGCGGCGUACGAAUCUAUGGGAUUCACAGAGAUUGUGGAGAAGUGUACGGAGUGGGAUCAAGAUCAGGUCAAGUGGUUCGACACGGUGGUGCACCAGGCGCCGGCUUGGGUCGAGGAGUUGCCUUUUUCAGAGGACGUAGAGGCCCGGUUCGAGACGCUGUAUCCGCAUGGUGAGCCGCUGAGGGAAUGGAAGUGCCAGGCGUUUGUGAAAGAAGGGGGCAAGAAACUGGGCAUUGAGAUUGUGACGUUUGAGGAGUGGAUUGGAGUUGCGGAUGAAGUGUUGGAAGAAGUUGGACAGGCGCUAGCGUGCUUGAUGGAAGGAAGUGUGGAAGAGAGGAUCUUUGAGGGCAAAAUGUAG